UUCACGGUUUUUACAGCGAUUUCUUCCUUAGUUUUGUGUACUACAUGCAAGAAAGAGAUUAAAUUUUCACGAACGUCUCAUCGCGGACUAGGUUUUAAAAUUGCAUUACAAUGCAGUUGCAAUAGUAUACGAUAUAUACAAUCAUGUCCAUUCGUCGACAAAUCCUUUGAAGUAAAUUGAAGAAUGAUAUUUGCUAUGCGGCUUUUGGGAGUUGGAAGGGAAGGAAUAAAUAUCUUCUGCAGUAUGAUGGAUAUUUGUCAAGGAAUAUCAAUCUGUACUUACUACGCUUGUCUCAAAAACGUACAUACGGCCGCAUCUGCAGUUUAUAACCUCAUUAUUUCCAAAGCUGUAAAUGAAGAAAAAGAUUUAAUUUCAGCUUCUAAUUCUAAUACUAAUCCAACAGAUUUUACUGUUUCUGGCGAUGGGACAUGGAAAAAAAGAGGUUUCAAUUCUCUAUUUGGAGUUACUACACUUGUAGCUAAAAAUUGCAAGAAGGUUGUUGAUACAAUUGUCAAAUCUAGUUUCUGUCAAGGCUGUAAUGUUUGGAAAAAUAAAAAAAAAUCCGAUAUUUCUGCGUAUAACGAUUGGUAUGAAGACCAUGAAGAAUUGUGUACUAUAAAUCAUAAAGGAAGUGCAGGCAAAAUGGAAGUUGAUGCUAUUAUCGAAAUGUUCUGUAGAUCGGUUCAAAAACACGGAGUGAAAUAUGUGAAAUAUAUUGGGGAUGGUGACACUAAAACAUUCAAGGGUAUACUCGAUAUGGAUCCUUACGAUGGUGACCCAGUUGUCGAAAAAAAAGAGUGCGUAGGACAUGUCCAGAAAAGAAUGGGUGCAAGGCUACGGAAAGCAAAAAAAGAUAAUAAAGGGAUUGGUGGAAAAGGUGAAGGCAAAUUAACUGAUAAAGUGAUAAAUAAAUUGUCUUUAUAUUAUGGUUUAGCGAUUCGCUGGCACCCUGAUUCUGUUGAGGACAUGAAAAACGCAAUUUGGGCUACUUACUAA